CGAAUUAUUGAGUCAUACGUUGAAAAAAGACAGGGCACGACAUAUGGACCUCCUAAUCAACGUUCAAUGACUGUUUUCAUAGAUGAUGUCAACAUGCCUGUAAUUAAUGAAUGGGGCGACCAAAUUACAAAUGAGAUUGUACGUCAGAUGAUCGAACAACGAGGAUUUUAUUCAUUGGAUCGUCCAGGAGACUUUUCCACUAUAAUGGAUAUUCAACUGCUAUCGGCCAUGAUUCACCCUGGUGGUGGUCGUAACGACAUCCCAAAUCGUUUGAAAAGACAUUUAUGUAUUUUUAAUUGUACCCUCCCAAGUAAUAAUUCAAUUGACCAAAUUUUUAAAAGCAUUGGUGUGGGUUAUUUUUGCCCCAGUCGAUUCGAAGAAGAGGUUGUACAGAUAAUACCAUUUUUAGUACCUAUGACUCGAGUUUUUUGGCAAAAUGUUAAAAUUAAAAUGCUGCCCACUCCAGCUAAUUUUCACUAUGUUUUUAAUCUAAGGGAUCUUUCACGAAUUUGGGAAGGUAUUCUCAAAGUAAAAACUGAGGAAUGCAACACAGUAGAACAGGUGCUAAAAUUGUGGUGCCAUGAGUGCACAAGAGUUAUAGCUGAUCGUUUCACUAUGGAAAAAGAUAAAAUGUGGUUUUUAUCACGUAUGCGAAUUGAUGCAGAAUCACAUUUAGAAGAUCUUUUUGAGAAAUUUCCCGACGAACCAUCAUAUUGGGUGGAUUUUUUAAGAGACGCUCCAGAGCCAAUGGAAGAUGAUGACGAGGAUAUGUCAUUAGAACCACCAAAGAUCUACGAAGAAAUUCCAAGUUUUGAGUUUGUAAAAAAUAAAGUAAUGACUUUUAUGUCUCAAUUUAAUGAGCAAAUACGUGGUUUUAACAUGGAUCUCGUAUUUUUCUCGGAUGCUCUGAAGCACCUAAUGAUUAUUUCUCGAAUACUCAGUAAUCCGCGUGGUAACGCAUUACUUGUAGGUGUAGGCGGAUCGGGUAAACAAAGCUUAACGCGAUUAUCUUCAUUUAUGGCUGGUUACAAAUUUUUCCAAAUUACUUUAACACGUGCUUACAAUACCGGAAACUUAACAGAAGAUCUAAAGUUUAUGUAUCGAAUAUCUGGCUUAGAAGGCACGGGAAUGACAUUCAUUUUUACAGAUAAUGAAAUAAAAGAAGAGUCAUUUUUAGAAUUUAUUAAUAAUAUUUUAAGUUCUGGAGAAAUAGCGAACCUAUUUGCCAAAGAUGAAAUGGACGAAAUUUACAAUGAACUUAUUCCAAUCAUGAAGAAACAACAACCACGAAGGCCUCCCACUCAAGAAAAUCUCUACGACUUUUUUAUUACACGCGCUCGAUCGAAUUUACAUAUUGCGCUCUGCUUCUCCCCGGUGGGUGAAAAAUUUCGACUGCGUUCAUUAAAAUUUCCGGGGUUGAUAUCCGGCUGUAUAAUUGAUUGGUUUCAAAAAUGGCCUACAGAUGCAUGUGUGGCAGUUUCACGGCAUUAUCUCGGAGACCUGGAACUAGUUUGUAGUCCCAAAGUUAAGGAUCAAGUCGUUGAUAUUAUGAGUUGGAUUCACGAGUCAGUACAAGAUGCUUGCUUUAGUUAUUAUGAUCGCUUUCGUCGAUUAACAUUUGUCACUCCAAAAUCGUUAAUAUCAUUUUUAGAAAGCUACAAAAUUCUUUACAAGCAAAAGCAAGUCCAUAUUGUUAUUAUGUCAGAACGCAUGAGUUCAGGUUUAGACAAAUUAGAUGAAGCAGGAGCGUCUGUAUCUGUACUUAAAAAGGAUUUAGUUGAAAUGAAUAAAGUCAUUGUGGUAGCUUCUGCGGAAGCUGAGGAAGUUUUGGCAACUGUAGAACAAUCAAAAGCGGCAGCUGAAAUCGUCAAAGUGGAAGUGGCACAAAAGAAAGGCUCUGCAGAAGUUCUUGUAAAAAACAUUUCUGCUGUAAAACAAGUAGCUGAAGCUAAAUUAGAAAAAGCACUGCCUGCGUUAGAAGAAGCUGAAGCUGCGCUUAAAACUAUAAAAGCUGCUGAUAUUGCAACUGUUCGUAAACUUGGAAAACCUCCAUAUUUAAUUACUCUAAUUAUGGAUUGUGUCUGCAUAUUAUUUCGACGCCAAAUAAAGCCUAUUCGUCCAGAUACUGAGAAAGCUUUUAUUCAAAGCUCAUGGGAUGAGUCUCUGAAAGUGAUGUCUGACACUAGUUUUCUUCGUAAAAUAGUCGAAUAUCCCACGGACCUAAUUAAUGCGGAAAUGGUUGACAUGAUGAUUCCAUACUUUCAGUAUCC